UGUCCCUAGUAGCCGUUGACGGCUCUUGUAGUGACGGAUCAAUCCCACUCUGUAACAUUUUCUUUUUCUUUUUCAUUUGUUUUGUGGAAAAAGAAAAAGGCAGUUCAACCAUACAACCUCGAGACAAGUCGGGACAAGACCAGUCUCAGGGCUCACCAUACUCAAUGAGCGGACAGCGCAAUGUCAGAGCGCUCUGGGCAAACGGCAAAGGGGAAGGAUGGCAAAACCAAGUAUGCAUCUCUCAACCUGUUUGAUACCUACAAAGGAAAGAGCCUUGAAACACAGAAGCCAGUUGUUGCCCCUCGUCAUGGCUUGCAGUCUCUUGGUAAAGUGUCCUCCGCGCGGCGCAUGCCUCCCCCUGCCAACCUGCCCAGUCUAAAGGCGGAGAACAAAGGCAACGACCCCAACGUCUCGCUCGUUCCCAAAGACGGUACAGGAUGGGCAAGCAAGCAGGAUCCAGCAGACCCAAAGAGUACCGAUGCAUUGUCGGCACAGCAGCCGGAGUCGCAGCAGCUUGUGGAUUCACAGACGCCUGCAGUGAGCCAGCCGAGAACCCCACCAAUCCAAGAGGUGCCCACCAACCAAGAGGUCCCAGUUACAGCUUUGGGCGCAGGGGCAAGGUCCUGGGCUCAGGCCAGUGUUACACUUGGAGCACAAGGAGAUGGUGGAAAGGGAUCAAACCAACUGUCGCCAUUCUCUCGCGAGGAAUUUCCCACCCUGCAGGCGGCUGGCGACCAGGACAGAGCUGGCAGAGAACAGGCCACUGCAGAUCAGUUGUAUGGGCCCGGACCAAGCCUCCGCCCCCAGAAUGUGAUGAGUUGGCGGGAUGGUGGGGGCCGAGCACUGGCGCCCACCUCGGGCGGGGAGGGUGGCCUGGUGGCGGAGGGUGGCCCUGGCCCCGGCCCCGGGGUAGCCCUGCUGAUGGAGGGGCCAGGUGGGCUCCAGCCGCCCCUGCAGCCGCCCAACCCCUCGGCCCUUGGGCCGCCUAGGAACCCCGCCGCAGGCCCCGGCCUGCCACUCCCACAGCCCCCCGUUGGACCCCAGUUCAACCCUGCCGCCUACCGCGGAAUCAUACCUCCCUUCAUGUACCCACCGUACCUGCCCUUCUCACCUCCAUACGGCCCCCAGGGGCCCUACAGGUACCCGCAGCCCAACGAGGCCCACAGGUUCUCUCGUCCAGGAGGCGGUCCGGGCCCCGAGGGGCGGCCCCCAGGAGGGCCCCGUGGGGGAGGGGAGGUGGUGAAGCGGCCCUCCAUCCUCAAGCAGGACGACCUGAAGGAGCUCGACGAGCUGGACCACCAGGACGGAGACGAGGGCUGGGCAGGAGCUCACGAGGAGAUUGACUACUCGGCCAAGCUGAAGUUCAGUGACGACGAAGGAGAAGAGGACGGAGAGGAGGAGAGGAGCGACAGCAAGAAUGGCACUCGUGAGCUGCCACCACGUGCUCAGGAUGGACCCGGCCCGGUGUCCCGCUCGCGUGCGUCUGACAGCGGAGGGGACUCCCGCCGUACCCCACCGGCCCCUGCCACAGACAGCCCCACGCCCCCCUCCAGCAAGCCAGGCUGGGCCGAGGAGGGAUCGGGCACCUGGCCCAGGCAAGCGGCACCCUAUCAGGGCCGUAGGUCUGGACUGGGUGGCCCUCGGGAGCAGCACUCCCCCCCACCAGGGCCUCUCCUCGGACAGGGGCCCUACUCCUUCUACCGACAGGAGCGCUCGUCCAACCAGACCGGCCCUCAGAACUCCGGCCCCUUGUUGGCAUCGCAGAAGCCCCCGGGGCCGGGGCCUCACCAGGGCAGUGGUGGUGGUGGUGGGGGUGGUGGGGGUCCGACCCCUCCGCCCCCCUCGGCAGGCCUUCUCCCCCAGCCAACGGCACCAGGCGGCGGGGGUGGUCAAGGUCAAGGCGGAGAGGACGAGGAUGAGACGUGGCGUCAGCGGCGUAAGCAGUCGUCGACGGAGAUCUCUGCAGCCGUGGAGCGCGCCCGGCGCCGCCGGGAGGAAGAGGAGCGCCGCAUGGAGGAAGAGAGGCGGGCGGCCUGCGCUGAGAAGCUCAAGCGCCUGGACCUGAAGCAUCAGCAGCAGCAGCAGAACCAGGGCGGCUCUGCAGCACCAUCCUCCACCUCCACCACAACCGCCGCCACCAGGCCAGACGGGUCAGCCCCGUCCCCGGCCGUCUCUGUGGCGUCGGCCAGCAGCCCCAGCCCCUCGCUGUCGGCCUCUGCCUCCUCGCCCAACGUCAGCCAGCCCCCAUCGCCCUGCGUGGACCCAGAGGAGCCGCCGCUGUCUGCCAUGGCUCAGGCUCAGGCUCAGGCCAGCACCACUGCCGCCAGCAACCGGCAGAGGGCCGGCAGCAACAGCAGCUAUGACUCCAACACAGAGAGCCAGCAGGGAGCUCCCCUACCAGGCCCUCCACAGCAGCAGCAGCCACCACCGCCGCAGCAGCAGCAGUUGCCCCCGCAGAAGCUCCUGGAGCCCCCAGGGCCUGGGGAGGGCAAAGAGGACACCCUGGGUGUGCCUCACGUCCGCAGUGGAAGAGGAGGCGGAGGAGGAGGAGAGGAUGUUGGGAAGAUGGAGGUGGUGGUUGGAGGCACCGGUCGACAGCCUAGUGGACCUCCCGGUCAGGGCUACUCCAAAUACCAGAAGUCUCUGCCACCCCGCUUCCAGAGGCAACAGCAGGAGCAGCUCCUGAAGCAGCAGCAGCAACAGCAGCAGUGGCAGCAGCAGCAGCAGCAACAGCAACAGCAACAGCAGCAUAGCCAAGCUGCCCAGGGCCCUAUGCAGUCCCAGCAGCAGCAGCAGCAGCAGGGGCCACAGCCUGGUGGUCCCCAGGGCCCCUCGCCAGGUACUGCACCCCAGGGAGGCCCCAAGCAGCAGGCCGGGCCCCAGCUCUACCCGCCUGGCACCAUGGGCCGGCCCCCACCCCUGGCCAUGAACUUUGACCCGCGCUGGAUGAUGAUGGGUCCCUACAUGGACCCCCGCAUGAUGCAGGGCCGCCCGCCGCCCAUGGACUACUACCCGCCCACCAUGCACCCCUCUGGACUCAUGACUCGAGAACGCUCAGACUCCGGCGGCUCUGGUUCGGACUCGUUUGACCGUCAGCAGCAGCAGCAUGGGGGACCCCCUCAUCCGCACCGCGGCACACCCCCCAUGGACCCCAAGAUGGCCUGGGGGCCCGAGGUGUUCCCUGGAGGAGGGGGCGAGGGCCGGGGCCUCAGCUCCCCGCACAGGCAGAAGCAGCCACACGAGGAGGAGGACAUGAGCAAAGGGCCGCGCAGCGACACUCCUCCAGUGCGUGGGCGUGACGGGGGACCAGGUCCUUCUCUACAGCAGCAGCAGCCCGGCAUGGCCCCCAACUCCCCCUCCGGCUCCUCCAACCAGACCCCCCCACCUGUGGGCUCCCAGGUGCCCCACCACCAGCCCUUCAUGGGCGGCCGCGGCAACUACGCCGGCUUCCCCGAUGGAGGAGCAAGGAUGGCUGUCCACCAGCAGCAGAAAGGCGGAGGUGGAAGUGGGGGACCCCUGCACGGUUUCGGGGGCCACCAGGACGAGGGACCCAGAGGAGGGGGUCCACAGCAGCAGCAGCAAGGUCAGGGUCAGAUUUGGGGAGCCCCUCACCCCCACUACGACCGUAACGGUCGGGCGGACCUCUCCCCUAUGGAGAACAGCGGUCACAUGCAGCAGCAGCAGCAGCAUCACCAUCACCCCGGCCACCACCCACACUUCUCACUCUACCCCCACAAGCAGGAGAACGGCCGUGGGGAGCGAGGAGACCGGGACAGGGGGGAGCGAGGCGGCGACCACAACAAGAAGAGCGACCCCUCGCCCCCUCUCCAUCAGCCCUCCCUCUCCUCCUCCUGCUCCUCCUCGUCCUCGUCCUCCUCUGCCAGGGACCAGCUGGCCCAUCCACAGGCCUCCCAGCAGCAGGACCACGAUGCCGCCGCAGCUGCCGGCCACGUUGGAGGAGGCAGGAAAGGGGACAAGAUGGCGCCUCACCACUCCCAAUCCCAGCAUGCUCCUCCACAGCAGCAGCAGCAGCAGCAGCACCACCACCCGAAGGCCGGCGGCCAGCGCGGCGGCCGUGAUCACAAGACGGAGACGCAGUGGGGCCCUCGGCCCGGUAACAGCGCCCCUAGUGGUGGUGGCUCUUCGCAGCACGGCGGCAGGAAGGGGCCCGGUGGCCACACGGGGCCAGAUGACUCUGCGAACCCGUCCGCCGAUGGCAGCAAGGUAUCCACCACGCAGCCAGGGGGCGGCAGUCUCAACAGGAGAGCCGGCCCCAUCAAGCGGCCAGUGCAGAGGGACUGCAAGAGGGAGGGCGGAGAAGGCGACGGAGGAGAGAAGGGACCGGGCAAAGACAAGGACGGGCAAGAUGGCGGCCAGGCCUCUGCCAAGCAGGACCCUGGCUUCCAGACCUCCAACUCCGGCAAAGAUGACUCGGGCCCGGCCAACAAGUCCAGGAAUGGAGGGAGGGACCGAGGCAUGGCAGGAGGAGGGGGCGGCGGUGGCAAGGGUCCCAAAGACACAGACGGAGGCUCAUCAGGAGGACCACCGCAGAACAUCUCCUCUGCUGCCCCACCCUCCAGAAGGGACCGCGAGCGCUCUCACGAAGGCGUGGGCAUGGGUCCCCGUGGAAGUCGAGCGCCGCGCACCCGAGGCGAGUUCUACGGCCGCGGUCGUGGCUACCGGGGCUCGUACGCGGGCAGCAGCGGUGGCGGCACCAGCAGGGGCCGAGCGGCCGGCAGGAGCAGCCGAGACUUCCGAGGAGGCGGCGGCGGCGGCGGCGGCUACCACCAAGAGUACAGCGGCAAGCACGAUGGUGGACCAUCGGGUGGCGGAAGACAUGGCCCAUCGCAGCACAACCCGGCGCGAGCCCGCAACCGCAGUGAGACGCGCAGCGAGGGCUCAGAGUACGAGGAGAUCCCCAAGCGUCGGCGUCAGCGCGGCUCAGAGACGGGCAGCGAGAGCGGCGUUAGCGAGCACUCGGAGAAAGACGAGCAGCCGCCCCUGCCGCCAUCCCAGCAGCAGCAGCGGAAAACAGGCGCCAAGAACGGGACCGGGCCAGACCACGCUGGAUCCGGUGGACAGUCGUCCGGCCCUCCUCCCAGGGGCUCCCAAUCCCGCGUCUUCACCCCUCGAGGAGUGCCCUCCAGACGGGGCCGAGGGGGCGGAGGCGCAGGGGGAGGCAUGUACCGCAGCGGAGGUGGUGGUGGUGGUGGAGGAGGAGAACGAGGAGAACGAGAACGAGGUGGAGGCAUGGGUCGGGACCAUCGUUCGGGACCUGGCUCAGCCUCCUCUCACAGCUGGUCCUCAAAGUCCUCCGGCAGUGUACGCAAGCAGCAACAGCAGGGAUCCACAAACCCCUCGCCCCCCAAGGACCCCAACCGGCCUGCCGGGGUUGGUGGCGGCGACAAGAAAGAGAAAGCUGGCGGAGAGCUCCAGACUCAAGCGGCAGCCACCAACCCCCAGUCAGGAGCCCCGGCCUCCGCAAACACCAACACCACCGGAGGACCGCCGCCGCCCGCGCAGGGCUCAUUGGAAAACGGAAGCAUCGGAGGAGGUCAAGCGCCCUCCUCCAACAACCCCCAAGCGCCCAACUCCACGGGCGCACCUCAGCCUCUUGUGGGCCAGGACGGGGGCCGUUCGUUUGGGCCGCGGAGCUUCGAGAGACCCCCCAGGCGGCGCCGGCACGGUCGCACCCAGCACCAGCAGGACAAGCCACCACGCUUCCGCCGGCUUAAGGAGCGCGAGAACGCAGCGCGCAUCAACGGCAGCGGAGGCCCUCCGCACCGCUCCAACUCGCCUGCCGAGGUCGACGGGAACCACGGCAACGCAGCCCUGCCCAACAACAGCGGCGGCAACCACAACAGCAACUCCACGCCGAGCGGCAACAGUAACAGCGGCCACGUCGGGAGUGGCGGAGCGAACAUGAACAGCCACGGCCACCACCACCACUACAGCCAGAGCAACAGCAACGCGUCCUCCCAGAGCCACGCGCAGCAGCAGCAGCAGCACCGGCACAACAACCACAACACGGCCGGCAGCGGCGCCAAGUCCCCCGACGUCUCCAACCAGAACUCCGACCACGCCAACGAGGAGUGGGAGACGGCCAGCGAGAGCAGCGACUUCACAGAGUUCCGCGAGCGCGACGGAGGAGACCGAGGAGGCGAACAACAGCGAGGAGGCAAUGUGGGAGGAGAGCGCGGAGGAGGCGGCAACAACAAGUCGUACUCCUCGCACCACCACCACCACCCCCCUUCGCACCACCCACACCACCACCCAGGCUCGGGCCGAGGAGGAGGAGGAGGAGGAGGAGGAGGAGGUGGGGGAGGAGGAGAGCGGGAGCUGUCAGCCAAAGAGGCGGCCGGCAACAAGAGGAGCUUCUCCAGCCAGAGGCCCGGCAUGGAGCGCCAGAACCGGCGGGUGGGGGGCGGGGGUGGCGGAGGGGGGCGAGGCCCCCGGGGCCCGCCCGGAGGUGGGGGUGGUGUAGGCGGAGGAGGAGGGGCAGGGAACGGAGGCUCCAAUCGGGGAGAGAAGAGGGGCAACUGGCCCUCUCCUAAAAACAGGAAGUAAUUUUUGUCUUUGGUUUGUGCUUUUUUUUUUUUUUGAAACAUUUCAAACACAUUCUGUGUGUCUCUCACCUUCGUGUCCACAUUUCUUGAUCUCUGUCUCCAUCAAACUUGUUUUGUUUUCCGUUAAGUAUUUU